CCGGGCUCGGUGCGGGGCCCCGGCGGAGCCUCCCCGGGCUCCAGGGGCGCUGUGCGGGGCCGGAGCUCAGCGCCCGGCCUCGGCCCGCCCCUUCCUCCGUGCCGGGAGCCGGGACCGGGCUCCGCCAUGCCGAAACACGAGUUCUUCGUGGACAUGACCUGCGAGGGCUGCUCCAAUGCGGUCACCCGCGUCCUGCACAGGCUGGGAGGUGUCCAGUUUGAUAUUGACCUGCCCAACAAGAAGGUGUACAUCGACUCGGAGCACAACGUUGACACCCUACUGGAAACUCUAAAGAAGACUGGAAAGAGCGCGUCCUACCUGGGGGAGAAAUCCGCACAGUAACCUGGAAUUCAAGCAGGACUUCAGCAAAACGAUGGCUUAACUGUUUGCAUAUCUCCAACUUGCUCCAUCAUUUGACCUUUCCCAGCCCUGCCAGAUGUCAGGAAGCAGAGUGCUGGCAGGAGGAGACAGCUGCAUUUGGGGUUUUAAAAAUGGACAAAUCUAGAGAAGGAGGUUAUAUGCUGUUUCUAGUCCCACAGUAAAUCAAGGUGCUGCUUAUAUCUUUCAGCAUA